UGCAAGAUGAUUUAAGUGGUUGUCCCUAUAAGUCACGAGCUGCGUUUGAAACGCGACACGCCACUUGAAAUGAAGCAGGCAUAAAUCAAGCUCAUGAGUUGCUUCCAAGGAGGAAAAGUGUAUUGAGAGAGAGAGAGAGAGAGAGAGAGAGUAUGCAGGAGGAGCAUCAGAUGGCAAGUGUAGGAGGCCCAGCAGCUUUGGGAGGCAGCAACAGGAUAGUGGCCAUUAAUGUGAAGGGCACGAUGCCACCUUUUGAUCCCCCUGAUAACACGCAUCAAGAGGACUCACAAAAUCAGAAACCUGGACUGAGACACUUCUUAUCAUUUGUUGGCCCCGGUUUUCUGGUUUCCAUCGCAUAUAUUGACCCCGGAAACUUGGAAACUGAUAUGCAAGCUGGAGCAAAUCAUGUAUACGAGCUUCUGUGGGUUAUACUCGUUGGAAUGAUAUUUGCUCUCAUCAUCCAAUCGCUGGCUGCUAAUCUCGGAGUGACCACUGGCAAACACCUGGCUGAGCUAUGCAAGGUCGAGUAUCCACCGUUGGUGAAGUAUUGUCUAUGGCUUCUGGCUGAAGUGGCCGUCAUAGCCGCCGAUAUACCCGAAGUGAUUGGGACAGCCUUCGCACUUAAAAUACUGUUUCACAUCCCAUUGUGGGCUGGAGUUUUGCUCACUGGUUGCAGCACGCUCGUGCUUAUUAGCCUGCAGAGAUAUGGGAUUCGGAAGCUGGAACUGCUGAUAGCUAUAUUGGUAUUAGCACUGGCGGCGUGUUUCUUCGCCGAAAUGGGCUAUGUGAAGCCUCCCACUUCAAAGGUCCUGAAGGGAAUGUUCAUCCCCAAGCUCUCUGGGAACAGCGCUACUGGCGACGCCAUCGCCUUGCUCGGCGCACUCGUGAUGCCGCACAACCUGUUCCUCCAUUCUGCUUUGGUCUUGUCCAGGAAAGUUCAGAGAUCGGUCCGAGGCAUCAACGAUGCCUGCCGGUAUUUCCUUAUAGAAAGUGGGUUCGCAUUAUUCGUGGCAUUCUUGAUCAAUGUAUCCAUUGUUUCCGUGUCUGGCACCGUCUGCUCGAGCGACAAUCUUUCCAAAGAUAACGCAAGUCGAUGCGACAAUCUAGCUCUCGAUUCUGCUGCAUUCCUCCUCAAGAAUGUGUUGGGAAGAUCAAGCUCGACGGUUUAUGCCAUUGCAUUGCUAGCUUCAGGACAAAGCUCCACAAUCACGGGAACCUAUGCAGGCCAAUUCAUCAUGCAGGGAUUCUUGGAACUCAAAAUGAAGCAAUGGAAACGGAACCUACUGACUCGAUGCAUUGCCAUUGCACCGAGUCUCAUCGUCUCUAUCGUUGGCGGAUCUUCAGGAGCGGGUAGGCUCAUCAUCAUCGCGUCGAUGAUUCUAUCAUUUGAGCUUCCGUUUGCUCUUAUCCCACUCCUUAAGUUCAGUAGCAGUGCAACAAAGAUGGGACCCCACAAAAACUCAAUCUUCAUUAUUGUGAUCUCGUGGUUACUAGGAGCGGGACUCAUCAGUAUCAACAUCUACUACCUCAGCACGGGCUUUGUCGACUGGCUAAUCCACAACAGUCUUCCCAAAAUUGCCAACAUUUUCAUCGGGAUCCUAGUGUUCCCACUCAUGGCCAUCUACAUCAUUGCAGUGAUCUACUUAACUUUCCGAAAAGACUCCUUUGUGACAUUUACUGAUGACCCUGUUAAGCACGCAACUUCAGUGACCAUCGAAGAUGGAUGUGGCAUUUCUGGCAAGUUGCAGGACCAACUUCCUCAUCGGGAGGACCUAGCAGACAUUCCUCUUCCGGAAUAGUUUGCAUCACACUGCUUAACCCUCAAGAAAGUAUCCCCCAAUGUACAUAGAGAGCUAUGCUAAAGUCGAACGAUCUAGUAGAGUUGUGGUAAAAUAACUAUCAAUAUAAUCAUAGCUAGAGUCAAGAUCAUUCAAGGUAAUCUCUUGCUGCCGCUAUUUUUAUCAGAGCUACUGGACAGAACAUCGAGUAAAAUGCCUUUGUAACUUAAAAUUGUUAAUCGACUCCUAUAAAUUUUGUCUUCAUUAAAUAUAAGCCUACUCAGGUUCGUUGCUUUA